CUUCAGCCUCGUUCUUGUUAUUGUGGGGUCGGGGGAGGAGAGAGAGCGCACACACAGCGCAGGAAGAGGGCAGGAAAACGAAACUUCCAUUACACAGACUGUAAACACGCUGCUGGGCUCGGACCGGCUGCGUCACUUCCGUGGGUGUGCGGAGCGACUGGCCGUCCCGGAGACCAGGCAGCCAGGCACUGGGCAACCCGAGUGUGUGCAACGCGUGAGGCCCCGCUAUAUGACAGGCGUUAGAGCCUAUCAGGGCACCGCGGUGUGUAACGGCCGGCCUCGGGUCAUGGAGGCGGAGGGCUGACAGCCCGGGGCGGCUGAGGAAAGGAGAAUGAGCACGUGCCGCUGGUGCACUCCGGGUGGCUCUGUCACCACACAACUGCUGAGGAGCUAUGCCGCAAGGGAGUUGCACAGCGAUGAGCUUACUCACGCCAAUGAGGAUCUCUCCUACUGCAUGGAGUGUGUGGUGGAGUACCAUAGGGUACGAGAUGAAGCACCACAGCUACACAAGGCCCUGUGGAAAAUGGAAACCUCGCGGCUUGUCGCCCAACUGGAGAUAUCCAUGCGUGAAGAGAUAGAUGAAGACGAUGAGCUCUAUUUAGUUGAGGAGGAUGGCGAGAAACAACUGUUUGGGUACACUGGCCCUAACUUUGAGAGCACUGUACGGGUGCCUCUCUUGGAAAUCCUUAAGUAUCCAUAUUUGCUGCUCGACAAACGCGUUAGUGAACUUUGUGUUGAAGCAUUGUGCAAGAUGGAGCAAGUGAGCAACUCAUUUCAGCUGUAUGAGAAACUGGCCGGCGUGUACCUGCUCCUUGUACACCCCAAUGAGAGUAUUCGGCGCUGGGCCAUUUUGACUGCCAGGGCACAGGGAAAGGUGGACAGGGAUGAUUAUUAUGAGUUGCAGCAAGUAUUUACCUGCCUCUUUAAGGUCAUAGAACUCGGCCUGUUUGAAAAUCCUGACAUUUACGUGAAUUCGGAGCUAGAAGAAGGAAAACUGAUCCUGUUACCUGCUCAUUUGUAUGACACCACCAACUACAAGAACUACUGGCUGGGUAUCUGCAUGUUACUGACUGUACUUGAGGAACAAGCUAUGGACUCUUUGUUGCUAGGCCCUGACAAACAGAAUGAUUUCAUGCAGUCCAUCCUUCACGUCAUGGAGAAGCAAACUGAAGAUGAAAGCACAAAUCCCUUCUGGCCUGCACUCCAAUGCUUUAUGCUGAUCCUUGAUCGCCUGGGAUCCAAAGUGUGGGGACAGCUGAUCGAUCCCAUCCAGGCAUUUCAAACCAUCAUAGCAAGUCCAAGUUACAACAGCGAGAUCGAGAAAAUAAGGGAAAGCUGCCAAAGGCCAACUAAGUGUGAACCUGAUUCGGAUGAUGAGGACUUGGUGUCAUGCAGCCAGAUUGUGUACAAUUUUAAAACUGAGAGGGUAAAAAAGGACACUGGACGGAAAAGUGUAGUUUGCUACGAUUAUUGUCCCAACAUGUAUGAAGAUAUGCAGAGUCUCUCCAAUAUCCUUCAGUCUGACAUCGGUCAAGAUAUGCGGGUCCACAAUAGCACAUUCUUGUGGUUCGUUCCAUAUGUUCAGUCUGUCAUGGACCUUAAAGACUUGGGAAUUGCUUACAUAAUGGAAGUGAUUCAUCACCUAUACUCGGAGAUAAAGUAUGUCCUCAAUCAGAGAAUUUAUCAAGUUGACAAAGUUGCAGAACUUUUUAUCAGGGUUUUGGUGUCUAUAAUUGAACUGCACAGAAAUAAAAAGUGUCUCCAUUUUCUCUGGGUGAGCUCACACAAGUGGGUGGAAGCCCUUGUGAAAUGCUCUCUAAUUCCAACCAAAGACGCUGGGUGCAGAUCCAACACAAAAAUAACAUCAACCACCUCCUCAUUGUGCUCCUCCCCAAACUCACAGACCUCCUCUUCUGUCCAGAUUGCCUGCAUCCAGUGUAUCAGAAACCUCUUGCGAGAAGGCUUCCAGUUAGGACAGCAAGCAACUUGUAAACCAUACCUAGACAAACUUAAUCUCCUAAUGAGGGGGAACAUUCUCUGGAAUCUAGAACUCAACAAGACAGAGGUUCAAGGUUUACAAACAUGUCUCACGCAAAUCAUUAAAAGUGUUAAGGACAGGGCUUCCACAAUUCCUAAUUCCCCUCUGGAACAAGCCACCACAAGUAAGGCUCAGUCUGUUCCUUUCAUUAAGACAGAAAGGAUUGAUGAUGAUGAUGAUGACUGGUAUGGGCCUAGCAGUGGUUCUCCCCUGCCAUCUCCAGAGAUAAAGCUUUCCUCAGAUCGCAGUUUAGAAGAACUUUUUCAUGUUAAAAUGGAAGCUCCAGAUAAAAGAAAUUUGGAAGCAGGACUUGUUUGCAUGCCUAGUUCAGUUAUAACCCCUUCAGUUAGAGAGGCAUCUGUGCAGGAAACAGAAUAUUUGGCUUCUGUCCCUAAAGCUGAGUGUUCAUCAGUUCUGGAGAAUUUUAAAUCCAAAAGAGAUCUGACAGGGUGGCAAUCCAAACUAUCGAAAGUAAUGUCGAAAUCUUCAAAUGUGAGGGUCCGAAAGAGUUCAGGCAACGAAAGUAAAAGCAGCUGUGAGAAUAAUAAAACAAUUAGCAUUUUAGAUCAAAGCGAUGUACACCUUAAAAGGGAGCGGGAUUCUAGGCUAAACGCAAAACCUUUUGGUAAUGAUCGCGACACAGAUGAAGAGGAUACCGAUGACGAUCUACCUCUGACAGAGAUUAAAAAAAAAAUUGUGUUAAGUAGUCCAUCCCUUCCAGAUAAGCUUCAAGUAAGUGAAGAAUUUGAAAGACUGUCUUUAGAAAACAAUCCUAAAACUAAGCUUCUGAAGAGGGAGUUUCAAGAUGCAAGGGAAUCUAAAUCUUCAAAUGAUUGGGCAAUGCAUAGCGAAACAGAUGAUGAGCUUCCAUUGUCAGAAGUUAAGAAAAAGCUGUUAGUAAAAACGGCAAAAAAGAGGACUCUCUCUGAUUCCCAGGUGGAUCGUGAUCUUGAUCAUUUAUCUUUGGUGGCACAAGCAAAAACUUUAAACUUUGAUUUAAGCCAAGAGGACAAGGAUUCAGAAGAAUUCUGCUCUAUAAAGAGGAAAGUUAAGGGAGCCGUGAGGUCUGUUUUUAUUGAUAACUCCCCUGAUCAAAUCAUAACCAUCUCUGAUGACUCUUCUGACGAGGCUCAAAAAGCCUCUCCUAACUCUAUUAAAGUGGAGAAGCCUGAAACUUUCCAAGAUGCUGCUUUAGCUAGUUUUGUACCAAAGAAAGAACAAAUUAAAACUGAACCAGCCUUUGAAAAUUGCGACGAGUAUAAUUCACAGUGUUUUGAGUUUGAAACGGAGGAUGAUAUUUAUUCUGCCUGGGAAGACCCACAGUUGGAGGAGCAAAAGCCUGUUCUGCAAGAAGAUAAAUGCAAAAACCCUGACACAAAUAACGCCAAUAUCAGCGAUGUUGACUUGAACAAUUUUGAUCAGUGGGGUUAUGAUACAGACUAUAUCUGUGAUGAUAUAAUCGAGAAGGCAGCAGAAGAUGCUGAAAGACAGUUUAAACAAUCUACAUCUUCAAAGGUUCAGACAGCAGCUGAAUGUUCCAGUAACAAAUCCAUGGAUGAAAGGUUGAGUUCAAAAUUAUUUAAUGCAAAAAGUUCAGAUGAGUCUGCUACUAAAAGUGCUAAAACGGAUUCUAAAAGAAAAGUUGUGAACAUCCCAAAAGUAACUUCAUCAAUACGCCCAAUGACGAACGUGACAAAAAAAUUGCAUGAUUCAGGAAUGCACAGAAAAAUGCCGAAUGCCAAAAUAAACAAAAAUAAAAGUCCAUUAAAAGCCGUUCCGCAUGUUAGGAAGCUUGGAAGUCCAGGCAAAGCAUUACCUGCUGUGGUGCCACCAAAGAAACUACGUAAGCAUCCUGAGCCAACUACAACUGCUGAAGAGCUUGGAUUUAAGAAGCCUCCAAGAAAAGCCUUCAACUUGUCCCAACGCUCACUUGAUAGCCUAACACACCUGCGUAACCACGGGAAGUCAGCUGGGUUUGUUGAGGCCAAAAAAUCAAAAACUAAGCCCACUUCUCCAAAGUCUUUAUUGGUGAAAGGAAAUAAGAAAUUGUUGGCUUGUCAAGAGGCCCAGUUCUAUCGUCAGUCUAGACCAAAGGAGACAGAGAAAAAACGAAAGCCAAGUAAUCAAUUGGAGAACAGUGCCCGAAAUGUAGAAACCUCUGUAAAGGAAAGUGAGCGCAAAACGGAAGGAGCAGCUUCUGUUAAGAAAAAACAGGGCAGAAAUGAGACAAAUGCAGACGUUUCUAGAAAGAGAGAGCACGGCAGCCAUAGGUCUUUGAAAGCCACUAAAGGUUCAUUGCAGACGUCCAUGACUAAUGCUUCUGAAGCUACAAAGGAAGUUGGCUCCAAUAGUUCUCCACGGGCCAAUGAAGUUCAACAGUCUGUGCUUUUACAAGAAGAUAAUGUCCAGUCUUCUACUGGGGCUGAAUAUAAGCAAGAUAGAGAUGAUGAUGACGAUGAUGAUGGAGAUUUAUUUUUAACCCAGACUGAUCCACUUGACAUGGAAUUGUGUUCACAAGUUGAAUCUGAAAUAUCUGUUGGAAUGCUUAACAAUAUGAAUACAUUCAGCAUGGUGGAUUCCUAUGCACCCGAUGUUGUCCCGAUAUCAAAAUGCAAAUACAUUGGUUGUCUGGAGUCUGUCACCAUUCCUGGUGAUUCCUGCCCUAAACAUACUGUACCUGACAAUGCGAGUGAUCACCAAUUUGCCAGACCUGGAUUGCCCCCUUCUCUUCAGAAACCUACCAAACCUUCCACGACUAAAGUUUUUUCUUCUGGGAUGACUUCUCGGACCGCCAGCCUCACAAAGGAUAUAGAAAACCUUCCAGUGGUUCCAAAAGCUAAAGCCCAGCCAGCAAAGACCCCAGUGUCUAGAGCAGCUAUUCCUUCACAUCAGAACAAAACUCCAGUUUCCCACAAUACAAGUAGUGUUUUGCAACCACUUAUAAACCAAAAUAAUGUCCCUCUACAGCCCACUUUGAACAAUAUUCCAGACACUGGGAAAUCUCCAGUAGCCGGCAGUUGUUUACAACAACGUGAGCAAGUUUGGCUUACACGGGAGGUGCUACGGUGGACAUUUGAGAUGUUUGACAACCUAUCUCAGUUUGGACCCCCUAACAAUCUCUGCCAGUUACCUCUGCUGAAGGUGCCUCUCAGGUUUUCUUGCUUCGAUGAGUACUUUAAUGUCUUUGUCCCCUUGAUGCUACUCAACACUUUUGAAUCGCUGGCACAGGAAUGGGCAGUAAAGCAACGGGCACUUAAUACCCAUAUGUACAAGCUGUACUUGCAGAAUUUCUGUCUCGACAGCCAGCUGAACCGGGGAGAGUUUCAAGUGUGGAUUCGGGAUGCAGAUUUGAACUUUCAGCGACACCCAAAAGAGGACGAUUUAGUGUUUCUGCUCACCCCGGAGUCACCCAGUAACUUAUCCGGAGAGGAGAAGGAGUUUCAGGCUCCAGGGGUCUAUCAUACAGGACAUGUUUUCCGGUUUACACGCUCACAGCGUACAGAGAGCUAUGAGAAGGAACAGUACACAAUGUGCGACCUGUGUAUCCACACCUAUGGAAAUCUGUCCGCUUACCGCAAUCAGCAAGUGCAGUGUAUAGUGAUCGGCAGCCUUAUAACUACGCAGCGGCAAUUUAAAGCUUUGCUCCAGAUGCAGCGGAAUCCACUCUUCAGACCCAUCAUUCACCCCAAACCCACAGACUUCUUACCAAGAGAUAUUACAGAAAACGAGCUCAGCCUGUUUCCCAGCUUGAAGGAGUAUAACAGUGACCAGAGAUAUGCCAUCGAGAAGGCCCAUGCCAUAGUGAAACAGCAUCCUCGUUUGGCCAGAAUAUGUUUGAUCCACGGACCUCCGGGAACUGGCAAAUCAAAGACUAUAGUUGGCCUAUUAUAUAGAAUUCUUAUGGAGAGUAAGGGCGGCAAUGUUCCGAUUCAAAACCUUAAUGCCAAAAAUAAGAAGAACAGAGUUCUUGUUUGUGCUCCAUCCAACGCAGCUCUAGAUGAACUGAUGAAAAAGAUCAUAUUGGAGUUCAAGGAUAAAUGUCACGACAAAAAGAAUACCCUCGGAAACUGUGGAGACAUAAACUUGGUGCGCCUGGGUUCGGAGAAAACCAUAUCCUCAGACGUUGUAAGGUUCAGUCUGGAUUGUCAAGUAAACUACAAAAUCAAUAGAGCUCAGCAGGAUCACAGCAUCCACAGGCAUAAAGAGGCGUUAGACAGACAACUGGAUGAACUGUCCCGACAGAGAGCUAUGGAACGAUGCAACAAGCAGACUUGCGAAGAAUUGGAUCAGAAAAUUGCUAAGCUGUCAAAGGAAAGGCAACUGAUGGCUAAUUCUCUGAAGGAGCUGCGCAGACGGCCUCAGGAAUUUCAGCGGAACAUCAUCCUGGAGUCCCACAUCAUCUGCUGCACGUUGAGCACGAGUGGGGGAAUUUUGCUGGAAUCUGCCUUCAGGUCAUUGGGACAGGAACCCUUCAGUUGUGUCAUUGUGGACGAGGCUGGACAGUCGUGUGAAGUGGAGAACCUUAUCCCACUCCUCUUCCGAUGCUCUAAACUGGUGUUAGUAGGAGAUCCUGAGCAACUUCCAUCCACAGUUAUCUCCAACAAAGCGGAAGGGCUGGGUUACGGCCAGUCCCUGAUGUCCAGGCUGUGCCAGAACUUGGAGGCCACGGGUACCAAAUCCCCAGUGAUGCAGCUGACCACGCAGUACCGGAUGCACCCCGAUAUCUGCCUCUUUCCAUCAAAUUACUUCUACAAACGGGCUCUGAAAACAGACCGGAUGAUGGAGGAAGUUAGAUGUUCUUCAGACUGGCCUUUCCAGCCGUACAUGGUGUUUGACGUUGCAGACGGUUAUGAGAAGAAAGAAAGAGAGUCAUUUUCCAACCCGCAGGAAAUCAAAUUGGUGGUGGCUCUAAUAAAGCUGAUUAAAAGCAAGAAAAAAGAAUUUUGCUACCGGAAUAUUGGUAUUAUCACCCCGUACAGGGCUCAGAAGAAGAUGAUUAUCGAGGAGCUCAGUAAAGCUUUUGGAAACGAGCAUAAUAUAAGUGAAGUUGAUACGGUUGAUGGUUUCCAAGGUCGACAAAAAGAUUGUAUAAUUGUGACGUGUGUUCGUGCCAACUCUGGUCAAGGCUGCAUUGGCUUUCUGGCCAGUCGUCAACGUCUGAAUGUGACUAUUACAAGAGCCAAGUUUAGUCUUUUUAUCUUAGGGAGCCUGCGAACUCUAAUGGAGAAUAAAGAUUGGAACCAUCUGAUUCAAGAUGCAAACAGGAGGGGAGCCAUCAUUAAGACAAAGGAGGAACAUUAUCAGAAAGAUGUUAACAAGAUCCUGAAGUUAAAACCGAUACCACCAAGGACUCCUUUUAUGCCACACAGCAAGCCAGUAGAGCGAUAUACAGAAGGCUUUUCCCACACGCUACAAACAGGGCCACCUGCUAGAGAAUUAAAUAAUCCCCCUAGGCCAACAGUAAGCCCUGCACCUCAGCGUCUUGUGGCUCACCCAGCUGUGGACAUCAGGAACCUACCAAGCAGUUCAGCACCUGUGGCUAGUAGGAGGCUCCAAGAUCCCAGAUUGGCACGCCGACAGGAACCAGCAAGAGGUGCCAGUGCACCACAUUCCGCUCUACAGCAGCAGCAGUCAGAUGCAAACCAAACCCAAGGUCACCUUCAUUCGUCUUCAUUAGCUGGAGGUAGACCACCUCAACAACCCUCAGCUAGUCUUCAGCGGUCCCACAGUGACCAGGGCGAUGGUAACCGCUUCUCUAGACACCAAGAUUAUCGAGAGCGCAGGGCCUCAGAUGACUCCGGCCAUGAAGUGAAGAAAAGAAAAGUGUUGUAGUAUGUUUAAGGCUAAACCUACUCGUCAUGGUGGCAUUUACAGUCCCAUGCACCAGCACAGCCUUUUAUAUGUACUGGUACUGUGAAAUCCCAAGGGAGCCAGACGAGCCUCUGCUAUGCAUAAACCCAUUACUAAUCCUCCUUUUGUGCAGAUAUGUAUUUAGAACUUACCAUGCAAAAGCCAUCUAGAGAAAUAAAUCCUUGAAUUCUUACCCUUAAACGCACAGAGUAAUUGGGAUCGUUUGUACAAUAAAUGUAAGUAAAACUGUAAAAUAGUAGUAUGGAGAUCAGUGUGAAGAGCUCUUAUUUUUAUUGGAGAAAAAGAAUUUAUAAUCGCGUGAAAGCUGUUUUUUUGUGUAUUCUUUGUUAAUUUGUUUUUGUUUUUCAUUUUUGUAUCACCUGGUUCAAGCUGCCCUGAUGCUGCUGACAUCACGUUUGCAAGGCACCUUCCCUCUCUAUACUUUGAGUUUCAGGGUUUUAUAAAUAGUCUAUGCUGUUUCUUCCAUGCUCUAUGCCUGUUUUAUGCAGAGACAAAAUGGAAACUUGGAAGUGUACAAGUUUCAACAAUCUUCCAAGGUGCUACUUUCUCCUCUUCCAUUUCUACAAGAGAAAAUAAAUUCAGAAUUCUGUUCCUUUUUUAUGAAGGAAGACCUA